AAAGCUUUUAAAGCAAAAAUAAUAUCGGAACCGCACAAAAAAACCCCGGGGGAUAUAAAUAUUUUAGCCUUUAAAAAGCCGGUUAUUUAUUUUAAAUGCGGGCAAUUAAACCAUAUUGCUAUAGCAUGCAAAAUACGGACGGAUAACCCGGAAACCCCGUUGGCUUUAACAACCAUACAAAAGGCAAAAGGGAAAAAGCCCGAAGUACGGUAUUACAAAUGUAAAGAAUUGGGCUAUAUCCGGCCAGCGUGCUUUAAAAAAAGCAAAAUAUCGCUACCCAAUUUAACACCGUUGUUUGGCCGUUUAAAUACCGGGGUUUAA